AUGAAUGAUGUAAAAGAAGAUAUACACGUGCGUAAGAAAGAAAAUAUUUCUUUUGAAAAUUUUGAACUUUUUGAAAAUGUUGCAAUUAUAAAACAACAGUUAUAUGAUGAAGAAGAAAUAUCAUCAAAUGCAUGUAAAGAAAAUAUUAAUGAAUAUAUUGAUUAUAAUGAUGAUAAAGAUAAUAAAAAUUAUAGAAUAGCUACCUUAUCAAAUAUAUCAUUAAGUGUUGAUAUAGAAAAUAAACAUAAUAAUAAUUAUGAAAAAUAUUGUAAUGCUUGUAUUCAUUGUGAUGAUGUAUGUUUUUCUCAGCUAUGUAAUUUAUGUAAAAUAAAAAGAAAAGAUCUGUACUUAAAAUAUAAAAAAUUUAAAAAACAUAAUUUAAGGAUAUGUGAAAAGGAUUUUAAAAAAAUAAAGGAAUCUAAUAAGGAAAUGCCUGUCAAAAAUCUAAACCUUUUGAAAUGUGAGAAUGUAGAGAAUGGCAAUGAACUUAAUAUGUUACAAAAUGAUGCUUUACUAAAGGAACAAAAAUAUUAUAAUGAUAAUAAUAAUAUUGAUAAUAUUGAUAAUAAUAGUUAUAUAAGUUAUUUGUGCAAUGGUAAUGAUAAUUAUUUAAAUAAUUCUCCUAAUAUCAAUAAUUGUAAUACACAAAAGGAAAUUAUUAGCAACCAUAAUAACACAAAUGAUACAAAAUAUAAAAUAUUUAUUACGAAAGAGGAUAAAUAUAUAGAUACAAAUAAUAAUAGUAUAAAUAACAUAGAUCUAUAUAAUAAACAUGAAAGUGCUAACACAUUAAACGAAACAUAUUAUAUAAAUAACAACAAUAAUAAUAAUAAUAUUUUAAUUGAAAAAGAUGAACAACCAAAACAAAUGUUAAAAUAUAAUUUCAUUAAAUAUAAAGAAUAUUUUACAAUAUGUGAAAUAAAAAGACAUUAUAAAAUUAAUGAUUGUUGGAUUAUUGCUAAUGGUUAUGUUUAUGAUGUGUCUACAUUUAUUAAUCAUCAUCCAGGUGGUAUAAAUUCUAUAUUAAAAAAAGGAGGAGGCAAAAUCGAUGCAACAGUUGAUUAUUCUUUUCAUUCAAAAUAUGCACAAACGAAUUUUUGGGAACCCUUAAAAAUUGGCCAAGUUGUUAAAUGUAAAAAGGAAUUUUUAGAGGAAAAAAUAAAAAAUCAAAACGCACCAAAAAAAAGAAAUAAAUGCACUUUUAUGUGA